UGGGAUUCUUGUUUCAUCCUGCUCCAUAAUUUGACCCUCUUUCUUCCAUUUAUUCGAGUUACUUUCUGUAAGUUUCCUCUUUUUCUAUUUCUCUCUCUUCCAGUCCCUCUUUACUCGCAACCACGAACAGAGGGAGCAAAAAUAAACACCCUCAAUUGACUCGAUCAUAGGUGUUUUACCUCCAGAAGUACUUCUUAAUCAUGGCUAAGGUUGAUCAGAAAGUCGUUCUGAUCGUCAUCGAUGGUUGGGGUAUUGCUGGGCCCAACUCCCCCAAGAAGGGCGAUGCGAUCGCAGCCGCUGAGACUCCCUACAUGUCUGGUUUCGCUGAGGCCGAUUCUAAGACUGCCCAAGGUUACACCCAGCUAGAGGCCUCGUCGCUCGCCGUCGGAUUGCCUGAGGAUCUCAUGGGAAAUAGUGAGGUCGGCCACUUGAACAUUGGAGCCGGUCGUGUCGUAUGGCAGGACAGUGUCCGCAUUGACCAGACCCUGAAGAAGGGAGAGUUGAACAAAAUCGAUAACGUGGUUGCAUCCUUCAAGCGUGCUAAGGAUGGAAAUGGCCGUCUUCACCUGCUGGGUCUCAUCUCUGAUGGUGGUGUCCACUCCAACAUCACUCACCUCAUCGGACUGCUGAAGGUCGCUAAGGAGAUGGAGAUCCCCCAGGUCUACAUCCACUUCUUUGGUGAUGGACGUGACACCGAUCCCAAGAGCUCCAAUAAGUACAUGCAGCAACUGCUGGAUGCCACCAAGGAAAUCGGCAUUGGUGAGAUUGCCACCGUUGUCGGACGCUACUACGCCAUGGAUCGUGACAAGCGCUGGGACCGUGUCGAAAUCGCCAUGAAGGGUAUUGUUUCCGGAGAAGGUGAAGAGAGCUCUGAUCCAGUCAAGACCAUCGAGGAACGCUACGGAAACGGCGAGACGGAUGAGUUCCUGAAGCCCAUCAUCGUCGGAGGCAAGGAAAGGCGUGUGCAGGAUGACGAUACCCUCUUCUUCUUCAACUACCGUUCUGACCGAGUCCGCGAGAUCACCCAGCUCUUGGGUGACUGCGACCGCUCCCCCAAGCCCGAGUUCCCUUACCCCAAGAACAUUCACAUUACUACCAUGACUCAGUACAAGACCGACUAUACCUUCCCUGUCGCCUUCCCUCCCCAGCGCAUGGGCAACGUGUUGGCUGAGUGGCUCGGCAAGAAGGAUGUGCAGCAGUGCCACGUUGCUGAAACCGAGAAGUACGCUCAUGUUACUUUCUUCUUCAACGGUGGUGUUGAGAAGCAGUUCCCCGGCGAGGUCCGCGAUAUGAUUCCCUCCCCUAGGGUCGCUACCUACGACCUUGACCCCAAGAUGAGCGCGGAGGGUGUCGGUAAGAAGAUGGAGGAGCGUAUUGCUGAGGGCAAAUUCGAGUUCGUCAUGAACAACUUUGCUCCUCCUGACAUGGUUGGCCACACUGGUGUCUAUGAAGCCGCCAUCCAGGGUGUUACUGCCACUGACAAGGCCAUCGGUGUUAUCUACGAGGCCUGCAAGAAGCACGGCUAUGUGUUGUUUAUUACCGCUGAUCAUGGAAACGCCGAGGAGAUGCUCACCAAGGAGGGCACCCCCAAGACCUCUCACACCACCAACAAGGUUCCUUUCGUUAUGGCCAACGCUCCGGCGGGUUGGAGCCUGAAGAAGGAGGGUGGAGUGCUGGGAGAUGUGGCACCCACUGUGCUCGCUGCUAUGGGUAUUGAGCAACCCGAGGAGAUGACUGGAGAGAACCUGCUGGUCAAGGCCUAGAUUUAUAGUACAUAUAUAGCGA